GGGAAUGUACAUUUUAUUUUCGGAUCGAUGUGAUGAGUUAUGAUGGCGUGUAUCAUUGUGGAUUGCCUUCUUCUUCUUCUUCUUCUGUCUGUGUAUUUGGGAUAUCUUGCCGGGUUUGCCGCGUGUAACCCGAGAUGUGGCUGUAACUUUGACUUUGACUUUGACUUUGGAUGGGUUGACCUGAGCGAGCGCGAGCGAUUGAUUGAGCGGCGAUUUGUGAGCAUACCUUGCACGAGUAACGACGACCUGUUAAAUGAAGCACUUAAUCGCGAUGAGGUGCGGCUGACGGGAUGGUUCGAGCUGCGGGCGAUCUGCCGGGGCACCUGGUGGCUUCCGAGGUGAUCUAUCUAUCCAUCCCCGGGGGGGUGUUCUCUUUCCCACUCUUCGUGCAGAUGGUCUGUGCCUGCCCUGUGGCGUGUUGACCAGCGGGGAAUGGAUGCCGGGGAUAUCAGAGAGAGAUCAAGUCCUUG